AUGGUCCUAAACUUUUCUGGGAGUAACGUGAUUUUAUGCAUAUUUUGUAAGGGCUUAAUCCUAAACUCGUCUGAGUUUAGGCAGCUUAAGAAAAAGUCUAGUCAGACUUUAGUGAAGGUGAAAAGCCGCGUCAGGCAGUUUAAGAAAAAGUCUCCUGGAAGACUUCCUGAAUGGCUUGGUAAUCUUCCAGAUGAAGAAAGAAGAUUAAUGGUGGAAGGUGAUCAACAGGUUCUGCAAAUGCCUGACGUUUCAACAACGGUAUUAAACGAUCAACUAGCAUCAUUAGGGCUCCUAAACCAUGAAGAAUCUCAGCAAAUUCCACCCAUAGCUGAAAUACCUAUCCAGCUUCAAAACCAAGGCGCGAGUGUAACACAACAACCUUACUUGCACAGGACGGUGCAAGUGAACAACCAGCCCAUAACAGUCAACCAUCACUAUCACUUCGUACCGACGGAGAUAUUUUUGCAACAACAACUGUUACAAGAUAUUCAGCGAACAAUGACAUCCAUAUUUCCACUGUACCACUUGAACGUGCGGAUCAACUGGGAUUUCAUACAAAUUAUUGAUGCCCAAGCGAUCACCCUGAACCUCAACGACAACAAUGGUUGA